AUGGUAGAAAUCGAUACUCAGGAUGCGACAAGGAGGUAUGCGAGGGCCGUGAAAACUGGGCUUGAAGUUAUGAACAACAACGCUGUUGAUGUCCCAGAGCUGAGGCUGAAUAUCGCGAGUAUGAGGUUUCAAAUGAGGGAGUUAAGAGAAAUCCAGGACUUCGUCAAUAAGGAAGAUGCUUGA